AUGUUGGUAAACGUAUUCUCCCUUGAAGUUUGCAUGUCAAAGUCAACUUACCGAAUUCCCGUUAUAAAACUGCUGCUCACCCCUCCUCCUCACACUCUCCAGCCCGCCUAUACGACGAUCACCUCCUGCUGCUUGCCCUUGUCGUCCCCCACGAUUCGGACUCUGCUGCCUAGAAUGAAUCCGAUGAACCGCUGGAAGAUACCCCCCCUUUCCCCUGCCGAAGUCGUCGAAGCGGCCGAGCUACCGCUACUGCGAGAGUAA